AUGAGUGAAAGUAUAGUGGUGAGCAGAGAGAGUUUGUAUGAAGACGAGGAGUUUGAUCAUCAUCAAAGGAAACUUGCAGCACUUCUUGUAUCAAAGGUCUUUUAUUACUUGGGUGAACUUAAUGAUUCAUUGUCUUAUGCCCUUGGAGCUGGUCCUCUAUUUGAUGAUUCAGACGAUUCUGACUAUGUGCAUACCAUUCUUGUGGUGAACAGAGAGAGUUUGUAUGAAGACGAGGAGUUUGAUCAUCAUCAAAGGAAACUUGCAGCACUUCUUGUAUCAAAGGUCUUUUAUUACUUGGGUGAACUUAAUGAUUCAUUGUCUUAUGCCCUUGGAGCUGGUCCUCCAUUUGAUGAUUCAGACGAUUCUGACUAUGUGCAUACCAUUCUUGCUAAAGCUAUAGAUGAAUAUGCUAGUUUUAAGUCUAAGGCAGCUGAGUCAAGUGAUGAAUCUCUCAAGGUGGAUUCUAGGUUGGAAGCAAUUGUGGAGAGAAUGUUGGAUAAGUAUGUAAACCUUAAUCAUUCUUGUGGUCGGUCUGCUCUAGCAAUACCAUUGAAAUCCUAUGGUAUUGCUAGAGCUAAAAGGGCAGAGGUGGGUACUCUUGUUGAGCUUGAGGGGUUCUCCGUCUUCCUUGUUAAAGUAUUUCAAAAGCUGCCUUCGCCAGAUUAUAUGAGCAUUUGUCAGUGUCUUAUGUUCUUGGAUGAGCCAGAUGGUGUUGCAAGCAUCUUAGAAAAGCUUUUACGUUCUGAAGACAAGGAUGAUGCUCUUUUGGCAUUUCAAAUAGCAUUUGAUUUGGUGGAGAAUGAGCACCAAGCUUUUCUUCUAAAUGUUAGAGGUCACCUUUCGUUACCAAAAUCCCAACCUGCAGAAUCUGCACAGCAUGUGGUUUUGUUCCAUUGGAGAUUCUUGGAUUGGUUGAGCAGAGCGACUAAUUGGGCCAAAUUUAGUGCAACAGCUGGUCUUGGUGUUAUCCAUAGAGGCCAUUUGCAGCAGGGAAGGUCACUGAUGGCACCUUACUUGCCUCAGGGUGGGACAGGUGGUGGUGGUAGUCCAUUCUCAGAAGGUGGUGCUCUCUAUGCCCUUGGUCUUAUUCAUGCUAACCAUGGAGAGGGCAUCAAACAAUUUAUUCGGGAUAGCCUGCGCAGUACUACUGUUGAGGUGCUCAUAAAUAAUGAUAGUGAUGUGUGUUGA